GAGUGCGCGUUCCUGAUCAGUAGGUAGCACACUUUCAUAGCGGCGAGGAAAGUGACCGAACGUUUCGCCCCAGGUGAAGAUCAUUCGGCGUUCAUGCGUUCAUCAAACGGGAGUGACGGGAGGGAAUUCACUGUGCGAUGCGGCAUGCCGCGGCGGUAAGAAGUGGUAAGAAGGAGCGAAAGAGAAAGUGAGGAGGGAGCAGCGGAAUCGCCAUCGACCGAGAGGAGAAACGUCGACGUCACAGAGAUUGCGGCGGGAAGGCGAAGAGGGGAUCGAGAUGUGCCGGACGUGCGUGGGGGUGGAGGAGAGCUAGAGUUUAGAUCGGCAGAAAGAUCAUCGCUCGUUUUUCGCUGGCAGGUGGGGUGGCCGCCACCGCCGUCGUCGUCGUCGUCGUCGUCGUCGUCGUCGUCGUCGUCGUCGUCGUCGUCGGAUUCGGGAUCAAACCGUUCGGUUCGUAGAAAGUUGAAGGCGACUCGUCACUGGUCGGUCGAGAAAACGAGCAAGGACGCAGGAAUACGGUGCACGACCCUACCGAGAAGCGUACGCCGGCACUGACCGUGAAAAACGGGCAAUAGGUAGACAAUUCGUGAUUCCAAUAGCCUGCUGGCGAAAUCGCUGGCUGCGUGGUGACGAGAGGAGGCUCGAAGGGAAGGGAUAUGGAUCCCGAGAGUUGAUUCUCCGCGGCGGAGAAGAGGGUGAUUCAUCGGGGCAGCUGACGUUCCGUACGAAGGAACGCCAAGGCAAUCGAAGAAACGAACGCGGCGGCGAACUUGUUCCAUGAAGUAAGGGGAACCCUUUUCAUUAUAUAACGUGAAUAAAGAGAUAUUGGAUAGAACUGAAUCGAAAGAAGCGAUGAGUAGAAGCAACGAGAACGGGCUCUCCCUGGCAUCGCCGCCGGCGAUUCACGUUGGCCCCAUCGUCAAUCCCGGCACCAACGAAACGAUCUCGAUCGUGAUACCGUUGUCGGCGCAGUUGGCCACAGUCGGCGGUCAAAAACUCGAGAAACCCUGCAGAGAUUGCAACAGGGAUCAGACCAAACAGCCGCCAUCCUCUCGUCCGAGAAACGACAAAACCAAGGGUUGCCCUUAUCCGGGCUGCACGCGAUACGGCCGAGCAUUUUCCAGGGCUCACGAUUUGAAGCGUCACAUACUUCGUCACGAAAUGAGAAAGGAGAGGCUGCCCGAUUACGAGAACUCGAGCAGACGGCGGAUCAGCAACGAUCCCGGCGAGAGUAUAGCGAACGUGGGAAACUACGGGCGGAAAGCGGUGGCGGCGGUGGCAACAACGACGACCUGGAACGAUGACACGAAUCAUCGGGAGACCAACAAUGGAAAGUCUUACUGCUGUCCCCACUGCAAAAAGAAGUAUACGAGCGAAAUUAAACUAAGGGCUCAUAUGAGUUCGCACGAGAAGGUAAUGGACAAAAACGUCUGCACCCUUUGCGGAAUCUGCUUAAAGGACCAAGAAGCGUUGCAAGAGCACAUGAAGCGGCACACGGCGAACCUGUUGGAGGCUCAAACAGCCCUGGAAAAAGUUAGCUCGGGGAAGGAUCGAGGCGACAAGGAGGACGAUUUUCUCUUGGAAGAAAUGUUGCUUCUCCAUAAGAAUCCUCGGACUCGUGCCUCUCAAUCCGAUAACAAGAACGGAUCCAAGAUCAGAUGCGAUUAUUGCUCCAAGACCUUCAAGACCAAGUGGACAUUGAGCUCCCAUGUAGCGGCCCACGAGGGCCGUUUUCAGUUCGACUGUAACCAAUGCGGGAAGAGAUUCGUCAGGAAGAGUCAUUACGAGGGACACGUGCGGUCACACGAAGCCGCGAGGCCGUACGUUUGCGAGCAAUGCGGGAAAACGUUCAAAGAAUUGAAGCACAGAAGAGAACACACCAAGAGAAAACACCCUUCGAAUCAGAACGCGAUACAAAGCCUCUUGGAUAGCAUCAGUCCUUGCGGGUCCGAAGAGCUGCCGGUCGAUCAGACCAAAUUCACACUUCUGAUGCCGGUUAAUUUCUCCGUGUAAAGUUACUACUUCGAGAUCUUAUAUCUUUUUCUCGUCUCCUCCCUCGAGUCGUCUCCCAUUCGGGGACAAAGGCCGUAAAGGGUCGGGAAAAAACCUGGAACUUUCACGAAAACAUUGGCUACUCUCGAAUGGACCAACUGAUGCAAAACUUUCUUAUGUCUAUCGUCUGUCCUGGUUGCUGAAUAGAAUACCGAGACUUUCAGUUGAAAUCAUCCGAACUACUACUUGUUUUAUUUUAUACCACGGUAUGCCUGUCUACGCUUCACAGAAAUUACGAUUAUACAUGUAUAAUUUAUAUCGAAACUUUCCGUCGAACUUUAACACUUAUUUUUUACCUACAAUGCCGCGCAUGAACGAGUAUAUUACUAUACAGACCAAAGACAAUCUUACUUC